AUGAUGACAGCAGUGGAUCUGAAGCAGACUGUGCAGGUAGAUAAAGAUCUGCAGAUUCGUGCCUACUAUGCAGGGCAUGUAAGGUUCCUGAACUUCAUACCUCAAGUGUGCACUAUGUUCAGAGCUGCAUUUGAGCUCAUUGAUGGAAUUUGUAGCUGUUGCAUCCUCUGGUUUCAAGUCGUUCCACUUUUGAUCUACUCAUGA